AUGUCACGAGCAGCCGAGCUUAGGAGGGAAAUAGUGGGAAUUCACCAAUUGGAGAGUGAAUCGCUCUACGACUACUGGGAGCAGUACAAAAAAUUGUGUGCGAGUUGUCCUCAACAUGGAUUGACCGAACAAUCACUUCUUCAAUAUUUCUACGAGGGUUUGCUCCCUAUGGAAAUGAAGAUGAUCAACGCUGCUAGCGGAGGAGCGCUUGUCAAUAUGACCCCUCAAAGGGCAAGAGAGCUAAUAUCCACCAUGGCGGCAAAUUCUCAACAAUAUCAACCAAAUUCAGAGCCGACAAGACGGGUUAAUGGGGUAAACGUUUCAACUUUAGAAGAUAAAUUGGAUAAGCUUAUGAAUGUUGUUCAAUCUUUGCUUACAGAAAAGAAGAGUUUGACCCCAUUAUGUGGAAUUUGUACUACGUUUAAACACCAGACGGAUUUCUGCCCAAUCCUUAACGAUAAUUCAACGACACAUGUAGAUGCUGUCGGAGGUUUUCCAAGACCUCCACAAAGACACUAUGAUCUUUUCUCCAACACCUACAAUCCCGAGUGGAAGGAUCAUCCCAACCUGAAUUACGAAGCUAAUCCCCGAUAUAAUCCACCAUACCAACCGAGACAUCUGCAACCACCACCACAACACAAGCCGAGCACAUCUCUAAAAGCUGUCGUGGAAAGACUUGCUGCCGAUGCUGCAAAAUAUCAACAGAGGACAGACGCAUCAAUACAAGAGUUAACUAAUCAAGUUAGUAAACUCUCGUUGGCAGUUAAUCGCUUGGAGUCUCAAGUGCCAGCCAAAAAUCAUGGGCAAGAAAAGGAACGAGAAAACCAGAUCUCGGAUCCAACAGCAAGGCCAGAAUCGGAAGUUCAGAAACCAGUUGUGAUGCCACCUCAUUUUCCAGGGAGGCUUGCAAGGGAUAAGAAAGAGAAGGAGGAAAAAGAAAUCCUCGAGACAUUCAGGAAGGUGGAGGUAAAUAUCUCUUUACUCGAUGCUAUCAAACAGAUCCCUCGUUUUGCAAAAUUCCUCAAGGAAUUGUGUACUAGCAAAAGGAGGUUAAUAGGUAAUGAAAGAGUAAAUGUAGGAGAAAAUGUCUCCGCAGUGCUGCAAAAGAAUGUUCCACCCAAAUACAAGGACCAAAGUAUGUUUGCUAUUCCUUGUGAGAUAGGCAAUAUAGGCAUUAAGAAAGCCAUGUGCAAUUUAGGGGCUUCCAUUAAUGUUAUGCCUUAUUCUAUUUAUAAACUGAUUAACGCGGGUCCUUUAAAAGAGACAGGAGUAAUAAUCCAGUUGGCAGACAGGACAGUCGUCUAUCCUGAAGGGCUGCUUGAAGACGUCUUUGUUAAAGUUAACGAAUUAGUUUUCCCUGCAGAUUUUUACAUUAUCGACAUGGAGGAUGACAAAUCGGCUAAUUCAUCUGACAUAAUCCUUGGGAGACCAUUCUUGAGUACAGCACGAACGAGAAUUGAUGUUUGGAGUGGAACACUUACCAUGGAAUUUGACAAUGAAAUGGUUAAGUUUAAUGUUAAUGAAGAUAUGGGACAUCUCAAUGAUCAGUCACAAAUCGUGUCUUGCAGGAAUGUAAAUCCCGAUGUUAAGCAAGAGGAAUUAUCGAUGAUCCAAAAACCAAUACGUGAAGCUGUGAUGAAAGCCUCGAAAUUGGAAAUCAAACCGUUUCUAGAACAUACAAGGAUUUCAAUAGAGGAAAAUGUAAAGAUUAACGAAGAAGAUCAAAUGAUAGGAGAAUCCGAGAAAUGCUUCAAGGAUAGUGGAAAAAAGUCGAACCCUUUUUGCAAGAAUAUCUAA